CCACCAAGCAUUUUUUUCUCAAAAGGAAAAGAUGCAACAAUCGAUUAUGCAGGUUUGAAGAGAGAACCUCACACAAUAUUCCACCUGUCUGUCCUGAUACUUCACAUAAUUUCCUCGAUGAUAUUUAGCCCCCCUCCGUCUUACACAUCCACGGGACUCUGCGCUCUAUGACAGGUCCCUCUUCAUCCCUGUGCCUGAUUAAUUCACCUCCGAAAGUCGGUGUGGA